GGUUUUGCGUGGAGUCCUCUGGUUUUCUCUGAGGCUCUGCUCUGAGAGGGUCAUUGUGUUUGGGGACCCUUUGAACCCUAAUCUCCAACCAAACCCAUUUUCCUGGAAAAUCAAACACAACAAGCAGGAAAAUGCAGAAUCACAGGUUGAAGCAGCAGCAACAGCAAGCUCUUAUGCAGCAAGCGCUUCUCCAACAGCAAUCUCUCUACCACCCUGGUCUCCUUGCUCCUCCUCAGAUUGAACCAAUCCCAAGUGGAAAUCUGCCUCCUGGUUUUGAUCCAAGUACUUGCCGCAGUGUGUAUGUGGGGAACAUCCACACACAGGUAACUGAGCUGCUUUUGCAAGAAGUUUUUGCAGGUACAGGCCCUGUUGAAGGUUGUAAACUUUUCAGAAAGGAGAAGUCAUCCUAUGGAUUCAUUCAUUACUUCGAUCGUAGAUCUGCUGCUCUUGCCAUAUUAACUCUCAAUGGGAGGCAUCUAUUUGGGCAGCCCAUCAAAGUUAACUGGGCAUAUGCUAGUGGUCAGAGAGAAGAUACAUCAGGACACUACAACAUAUUUGUUGGUGAUCUUAGUCCUGAGGUUACUGAUGCUACGCUGUUUGCAUGCUUUUCUGUCUACCCCAGUUGUUCUGAUGCAAGGGUUAUGUGGGAUCAGAAGACUGGGCGUUCGAGGGGAUUUGGAUUUGUUUCAUUUCGUAGUCAACAGGACGCACAAAGUGCUAUUAAUGAUUUGACUGGAAAGUGGCUUGGAAGUAGACAAAUACGCUGCAAUUGGGCAACAAAAGGUGCUGGUGGCAAUGAAGAAAAGCAAAACUCAGACACCAAAAGUGUGGUAGAACUAACUAAUGGUUCAUCUGAAGAUGGUAAAGAAAUAUCUAACAGUGAUGCUCCUGAGAACAAUCCUCAAUAUACUACUGUUUAUGUGGGUAACCUUGGUUCAGAGGCAACACAGCUCGAUCUCCAUCGCCACUUCCAUGCUCUUGGAGCUGGAGUAGUAGAGGAGGUUCGUGUCCAGCGUGACAAAGGGUUUGGUUUUGUGAGGUACAGUACUCAUGCUGAAGCAGCUCUAGCUAUUCAGAUGGGGAAUACUCAGUCUAUUCUCUGUGGCAAACAAAUUAAGUGCUCAUGGGGCAGCAAGCCCACUCCACCUGGAACUGCUUCAAAUCCUCUUCCCCCACCUGCUCCUGCAACUCUGCCUGGCUUCUCUGCGACUGAUCUUCUGGCGUAUGAGCGACAGCUAGCAAUGAGCAAGAUGGGUGGUGUCCAUGCCUUGAUGCACCCCCAAGGGCAGCACCCUCUUAAACAGGCAGCAAUUGGAGCGAGCCAGGCGAUAUAUGAUGGUGGGUUCCAGAAUGUUGCAGCUGCACAGCAAAUGAUGUACUACCAGUGAUUAUACUGAGGUUCUCUUGAUGUGGUUUAAUGCUAUGUCUGCCUAUCUAUAUGUCCUGCCAUGUGCACAUUGUUGAUUGGUAUUAAACUCUAGGGAGGUCUUUCUUUUUUUUACUCAAGGGUGGUGAGGUAGUUACCCCCACCAUAUUUAGAGAAUAUGAUUGAACAUUUGUAUGCGUCUGUAUCAUGUAUUUUAUGCGGUUUUUCUAUUCAAUAGUGGUGAGUGCCCAUGAUUAUAACUUAUAA